AUGGAUCUUGAUCCGAUGAUUAACAUUUCACAAGACGAAAAUACUUAUUCUGACUAUGAUGAUCGACCGAUUCGACCAAUGGAUCAAGAUGCAUUAAAUGAAGCACUAGCACGAUUACCUAUCCUUGUCGACGAAGAUGAACUAUCAAACCAUUCCGAGUCAAGCUCAAGUGUUAAAGCUCGUCGACAACCAGUUCUGGCUUAUUCGACAAGACGUAAAGACUUUACUGGAGUAAAUGUCAGCAGUUCAGUGCUAAAUACCACUCAGACACCGAUGAAUAAUAAACGAAAGUUAACUGGAAAUACACCAACAAAUAAAUAUAUCAAACAAUUAGAUUCUCGGCAUGACUUAAUCCAAUUAAAAGAAGAAAACAAGAUUCUAGAAGAGGGUAAAGCAAAUUUACAACUAGAAUGUGUUUUGUUAAAAAAAUUACACGAAAAUGAAAUAGAAUUGUUAAACCGAGAACAUCAACAAGCAAUAGAAGCACUCGCUCAAGAACAUAAUCUACAACGCGAACAAUUUCUUGCAUCUCUUGCUGAGAAAGAACAAUUACUUGCUCAAACCAAUCUUGAACUUGACAAUCUUCGAAAUGAUCACACUAUGCUGUUAUUAGAGAAAGAAACACUUGACAAUAUUGUUGCUGAAUAUGCGUUGAUCAAGCAAGAAAUGAACAAUAAGCUACUCGAGAGUGAAACAACAAUCAAGAAUCUGCGACAAGAAAUUGAAAAUUUGUCAAAACCAUCGCAACCGAUGAAACAAAUAAGUAUAAGCAACGAUCGAAUGGUACCAAAAGAGUCAUCAACAGCUAAUCGACCACGGGUGGUGAAAAACGAACAAAACCGUCCGAAACCAAUUACUAAAGUUCCAGCUGGCCGAGGGUUAAUUACCGCAUUGUCUACUACAGCUUCUAACUUAAACAAACCGGCAUUUUCAACGGCUACAAAAUUGAAUGGUAACAUUGACGAUAAGAAGAAAGUGGUUAAACAGUCGAAUCCAUCAUCUGCACGUUUGAAACCGAAAAUAGUCCCGAUCAAAUGA